AAGCCUUCACACAGAAAAUGGGAUUCUACGAACUCACGUAAACCCUCCAUUUGAAUUUUCCUCCGUUAAUUUCCACUACCUAUAAAAUCAUAAGUUAUCUUCAUCCAUUUCUUCUGCUAUAUAUCGACCUAUCAUUAGCUCUAUCUCUGGAAAUUCCAGUCUUUAUUAUAGGGUCGAAAUAAUCAUGCCUGAUGCCGCUCAAUUGAUGCCCGAGGAUAAGAUCCUUCAAGAGGUUCAUCUACUGGGAAAGGAGACCCAGACCCCUACUCUCGCUCCGAGAAGAUUGGAGGGGAAGGUUGCGAUUGUCACUGGCGGCGCUAGAGGUAUCGGGGAGGCAACAGUGAAGCUUUUCGUGAAACAUGGUGCGAAGGUGGUGAUUGCAGAUAUUGAGGAUGCGGAAGGGACGAGGCUCUCCGACUCAUUAUCUCCCUCGGCAACUUAUGUCCACUGUGACGUCAGCUCGGAACAAGACGUCGAGAACCUAGUAUCCUCCACGGUCUCAAGCUACGGUCACGUUGACAUACUCUUCAACAAUGCCGGGGUGCUGGGAAGCCAGUCGAAACACAAGAGCAUCAUGGACUUAAACGUGGAUGAGCUCGACAGGGUGAUGCACGUGAAUGUUAGGGGAGUGGCCCUUGGCAUGAAGCAUGCGGCCAGGGUCAUGGUUCCCCGGCGGGCCGGGUGCAUCAUUUCCACGUCAAGUGUGGCGGGCGUGAUGGGCGGCCUUGGGCCUCAUGCAUACACGGCCUCAAAGCACGCCAUUGUCGGGCUCACCAAAAACACAGCUUGCGAGCUUGGCAGGUUUGGGAUCAGAGUCAAUUGCAUCUCGCCAUUCGGCUUGGCAACGUCCAUGCUAAUAAAUGCAUGGAGGGACGACGACGAAGAGGAGGGCGAGAGUGUUUUCGGGAUUCUGCGGGCUGAACAGGUAGAGAAGACGGAGGAGUUCGUGAGAGGGCUAGCAAACCUGAAGGGUGACACCCUGAGGGCAAAAGAUGUAGCCGAGGCUGCUCUUUACCUCGCUAGCGAUGAGUCCAAGUACGUCAGCGGACACAACCUUGUCGUGGAUGGCGGAGUGACCACAUCGAGAAACUACGUGAGUUUGUGAGACACACAUUUCAUUUAUUUUUCUUUUUUCUAUCCAUGCUUGUGAAUCUCUUUCAUUAAAAUUGCAGUUCAUUAUUCAACAAAAAAUAAAAAUAAAAAAUAAGCUUCCGAAUAUCAAAAUUUGAGAUGCAAUCAAUGUGAAUUGAUUCAAACGGUUCGGCGCUUGUUCCGCUUAAACAAGGUUUUGGAUUUAACAUAUAUAUUGUGAGAGGGUUGCU